CAUUUCCUUCGCGUGAAUUUGAAGGUAUUAUGGUCAGUUUUGUGCGGAGGAGUACAAGUUUAGACGACGCAGCCUUGGGAGCGUCAACGUUUACGGCUUCCCUUCACUCCAUUGAAUCAUGCGGCAGCGAUGGAUUACCGCUCACGCCCAAUGCCAUAAAAAUUCUCGGGCGUUUUGAAGUACUGAGAAACCUGAGUCACCCAAAUUUAUGCCGUUAUGUUCACAUGGAACGUGGUAAACAUGAGCGACUGAUGUGUGUGACUGAAACGUUUUCGGCAACGUUGCAAGAAUGUUUCGACGCCGAAAUCUUCGAAGCGACUCCAAUGAAGGUGAAGUUGAAAAUCCUAUACGAUAUUGUCGAUGCCGUGGCAUAUUUGCGAUCGCAAGGAAUACUCCAUCGGAAUCUACGACUCUCCAACAUCAUGUUAGAUGCCCGAGGAAAUGUGAAAUUAUUUGACUUCGGUCUGUUCCAUUUGACAGAUUCUGGUUGCUUGGUGUCAUUUCCUAUCGGAAAUAUCGAGUAUUUCGCCCCAGAAGUCCUGAGCAUGUCUCACAAACCAUGCGAUCCUUCUUAUGCUUAUCUGGCGAAUACCGCUUGCGACGCUUGGAUCAUCGGCAUGCUGAGUUUGGAGAUAUUAACUGGGAGAAGACUAUGGCCUGAACUCAGCGCUGAUGCCUUUUGCAUCAACUUGUUCAAAGUCGUUGAAAUAGCCUGGUUAAAUUCCAGCAGUCGUAUGAAAUCCCAAACCGAUGUACUUGAUGAACUCGUCCGUGCAGCAGGCCUGGAUAGAUAUAUAGAGGAAUGGAGCGACGAAAUCAAGUCAUUUUUGCGACAGUGUUUGGUCAUCCAUCCGAAUUUCCGCGCGGAAGUUCAAGAACUUGCAAACCAUGCAAUAUUUACCGACUUCAGACGUCUUACCGUACGAUCAUCAGCUAAAACCAUGAGGUCUCAGGGACGUCAUUUCCUUCCAAUUCACCUGGAGGCUGUGGGCAAUGCAGAUACUUCUACAUUAUCAUUUUGGAAUUGUUUCGGUGAAGUCGGGGAAGAAAUCGCUGCAAUAUGGCGCUCAAUACUUCAAAAAAAUGCUUCUGACGUUGAAAACUUGGAUUCAAAUUCGAGCAAACAUCUACUACAACAAUCCCCCAAGGAAGUUUUUUUCUUGUGGCAGUUGGCUGGAGGUGACCUGGACACCGAAUUUCGCAAAGUUGGUCUCAUACGGACGAAACCGCCCAUUUUGUGUCUUCCAAGGCUGGGUUUGUUGGAAGGCGAAAUGUUCGGCAUGGAACGAGACAAAAAUCGUGCGUACAACAAAGCUUUAGUUGAGCUCAGCUUGGAUCAAUUGCGUUCGCGGUUGCAGAAUCUGUCCCCAAGAUCGUAUUAUCCAUUAUUGGAUGAAAUUGAGAAGAGCGAUGGCCCAUUCUCGGAGAGUUCGAAAGAAGCCGUUAAACUUCCUCUGGUUAUCAGAGAAAAAGACGUGGAAUAUCAGUUGCAUCGUAUGUUGGUUUUCAAACGACUUCUGGAGGGAUACCCGUUUACAAGAAGCAUUAUAUUAAAAGAAGCCAGGAACGACAUUUCUCCGUUUUAUCGAGCCGAAGUAUGGGCGUCAUUGUUGGAUGUGAUAUCUGAUGUUGAAGCUGAUUACGAAGCUGUUGACAAAGAAACUCCUACAGCGACUGACAGACAAAUCGAAGUGGACAUACCGAGGUGUCAUCAGUAUGACGAACUUCUGGCGUCACCCACUGGGCAUCAGAAGUUCAAGAGAAUUUUAAAAGCAUGGGUUGCGUCUCAUCCCCAGUACGUGUAUUGGCAAGGAUUGGAUUCUCUCUGUGCGCCAUUUUUGAGACUAAAUUUCUGUGAUGAAGCUCUAGCCUUCGCUUGCCUGUCAAAAUUUAUUGACAAGUACCUGGCGGGAUUCUUUCUCAAGGAUAACUCGCCAGUCAUUCAAGAAUACCUGGCUACGUUCUCACAUUUGAUAGCCUUCCAUGAUCCCCAACUAUUCAACCAUCUGGAUGAAAUUGGGUUUAUUCCUGAGUUGUAUGCAAUCCCGUGGUUUCUUACCAUGUACACGCAUGUAUUUCCGUUGCCGAAAAUUCUGCACCUGUGGGACAAGUUGCUGCUGGGCCCGCCGUCAUUUCCUCUUUGCGUGGGAGUCGGUUUAUUGCAUCAGUUGAGGGAUUCCUUGCUGUCGUUCAGCUUCAACGACUGCAUCUUGCUCUUUUCUGAUAUGCCACAAAUUGACAUAGAGAGAUGCGUGCAGGACUCGAUCAGAUUUUUUCGAAGCACUCCUCCAAGCGUAUUGCACCGUUCUCAUGAAGCUAAGAUUUCGUUCAAAGUGAUCGGGGAACAUUUGGUGGAUGAUCUGCCAGACAUGGUCCAUAGUGCGUCUGCAAGCGAUAAACUAAAUCUUUCAAGAGAACUGGAAAUCCAUGCCUUGCCAUUGGCUUCAUUGAAAUCGGAGAAGUGCCCCCGAAUAUCGGCGAAAGAUCUUCUUGAUCUUUUGAAUUGGCAUAUGGGUUCUCCAGAAACUCCCACUUCGCCUGGAGAAUCACCAAAAACGAAAGUUUUGCCGGUGGACGUUCGUCCAAAGGAAGAGUUUCAGAAAGGCUGUGUUCCUGGUAGCGUAAAUAUACCUUUGCAAGUGGUUCUGGAUUUCGAGCAGAAUGUCACAACCUCGACGGAAUUUGAUGUACUCUUCGCUGCUAGAGGAAAGAUUAUCGUGGUUGUUGGGAAUCGGGGAAACUCCGGCGCAGUUCGGGGCAUUGUGUGCAUCAUGAAUUUCACAACUUCCCAGUUAUCGAAUAACGAUCACCUCGCCAGAUUAAUGAAGUUCCCGAUCCGCAGAUUUGCGAAUUGGAGACCAUCGACCGAGAGUUGCAGCAAUUACCUGCUCGAAAUAAAGUCUACCGUGCUGAAGGAAACCUGUAUUUCCUAUCUAAUACGGCUGAAGUACACAGUGACGUUCGGCGAAAAUUGA